UCUCACCUCACGCGCUGCCAUGGCGACGGCUGGCCUCGACGACGACUCGCUGCAGCAGCUGCGGAGCCGCGCGACGCAGCUGCUGCUCAAGGAGGACUGGAAGGAGUACAUCGCCGUCUGCUCGCUCAUCGCCGCGGCCGGCUGCAAGGACCGCCGCGUCCUCUGCUCCGCGCUCGCCCGCCGCGCCGACGCCCGGGCCCGCCUCGGUGACGCCCCCGGCGCGCUCGCCGACUGCGACGCCGCGCUGGCGGCCGACCCGGCGCACCCCGGGGCGCUGCUCUCCAAGGGCGCGGUCCUGCGCGGCCUCGGCCGGUACGCGCGCGCCGCCGAGUGCUUCCGCGCUGCGCUCGCCGCGAGCGGCACCGACGAGGUGCGGGAGAUGAUCGAGCAGUGCAAGCGGCUGGAGGCGCAGGCGAGGAGCGGCGCGGUGGACUUGUCGGAGUGGGUGCUCGCCGGGUUCUCCGGGAAGUGCCCGGACCUCGCGGAGCACGUCGGGCCGGUGGAGGUGCGCCGGUCCUCGCACGGCGGCCGUGGGGUUUUCGCGGUGAAGAACAUCGAUGCGGGAGCCACCCUCUUGAUCUCCAAGGCGGUGGCGAUCGGAAGGGGAGUAAUCACGGACGCGGCCGAUAGCUGCGAGAAGAUGGUGGUGUGGAAGGACUUCGUCGACAAGGUGCUCGACGCCGCCGAAAAGUGCCCAAAGACGGCAUCUCUGAUCUAUACUCUCUCCACCGGCGAGGAGCCAGAAGACGAGCUCCCCGUCCCGGACAUAGCGCAGUUCAAGCAAGAAGCGGAGGAGCCCGACGAUGGCACGGCCGCGGCGACGGAGUCAGCGCCAGAGGUGACUCUGGAUGUGGACAAGAUCUUGAAAUUGCUCGACGUCAAUUGCUUGACCGAGGACGCAGCGCCGUCCUCCAAUCUGCUCGGCAGCAAUGGCGUCGUCAACUGCGGCGUAGGGCUGUGGGUCUUGCUGGCGUUCAUUAACCACUCGUGCCACCCAAACGCCCGGCGCACCCACGUCGGCGACCAUGCCAUUGUUCACGCGUCAAGGGACAUCAAAGCCGGGGAGGAGAUCACCUUCGCCUACUUCGACGUGCUCACCCCGGUGGGCAGGCGCAGGGAGGCGGCCAGAGCGUGGGGCUUCGAAUGCCAGUGCGACCGGUGCAGGUUCGAAGCCGGCGACGCCAUUCUCGGGCAAGAACUCGCGAGAUUGGAGAACGAGCUGGUCAACGGCGGAGGAGACAUGGGAGCACUGGUGGUGCGGCUCGAGGAGAAGAUGAGGAAGUCCAUGGUGAAGGAGAGGAGGAAGGCGUUCUUGCGCGCGUCGUUCUGGGGCGCGUACUCCGCCUUGUUCGGCUCCGACAAGCUGGUGAGGAAGUGGGGGAGGCGGGUUCCCGGCGAGGCCGCUGUCGCAGAGAGCGUCGCAGGGGCGAUCGGCGGCAACGAGAGCGUGCUGAGGGCGAUGCUGAGAGGCGCCGGCAACGGCGACGGCUGCGGCAACCGGCUCGAGGUGGAAGACAAGGUGGUGAGGAUUGGGAGGGCUACGUAUGGCAAGGUGGUGAAGAGGCAGGCAAUGAGAGCUCUCUUCAAACUCACAUUGGAUGCUGACAGCAACAAAAGCCUCUAGAUUUUGAUACUUCUGAUCAGUACUCAUUAGCCCAGUAGCAGAUGAGAUAUUUAUUCAGCAAAUAAUCUGGUUUGCUCGAAGCUUGUAAUAAGAGGAGUGUGGGCAAGAAUCAAGAUCAUUAGUAAGAGCAAUAUUUUCAUGCUCUUUUGAUCUUGGUUUCAGACUUGCUACAGUGUUGACAUCAGUUAUUUCUCAAUUCAGUUGUAGUAUUCAUUGUUGCAUCACAAAGGAUAAA